CAACUUUAUAAUCAAGGUUUUGAUUCGGACACGGUGGCAAAAUUUGUUCAGGAAAAGUUUCAUCCUCAACUACAACAAGGCCAACAUGUACAACUAGUCGAAAAACAUGACUCAAACAAUCAACAAAUAACAUCACCAACAAAUAUUAGUCAUGAUCCAGCAGCAAUGGAAACAGGAACGAAACGAAAAAGAAUUUUGUUAACACCAACACCAACAACCGAAAUACUAUCAAUACUUGAUAAACCUAUAAAUCAAUCGUCAAUAUCACAAGCAGGUCCUAAGAAAACCAAAACAAUAACAACAGCUGCAGCAACAUCGUUACUUGAAGAACCUUUUAGUCAAUUAACAAUAUCACAAGAAGAUAUGAACAACACCAACACAACAGCAACAUUCGCACAUAACGCAAUUCGAAAUACUGAAAAUGAUUCAACAAAUGAUUAUUUAGAAAAUUUUAAGCCACAUUAUUUAAGAGUAUCUGAUCGAGUAUUCAAACGAAUGUUAGCUGAAAGUAUUGAAGAUGGUUCCAAAUUAGUUCAAUGUUUAAAUACUACUGAAAAACUUUAUGCUGUGCGUGAACUAGCUGAAAUUACCAAUAAUUUUUAUUAUAAAGAUUUUCAAGAAAAAUUAUGGCAAGAAUAUCACAAUAUAAGUUCUCAAGACAACAAUUGGGAAUCAAAAAUAACAAAACAAUUUGCUCGUCAAAACAGUCUACAUCAAAUAUAUCGACCAAAAAAAUCUUAUAUUCAACAACGUUUAGCCACAAUUGCUAAACAAAAGCUACGACUAGGCAAGGAAUUACAAGAACAUUUAGCAAAAUUAUUAAAUGAUAUAGUACAUUGGCAACCAUCCAUUGAUGGAACAUUACUAUCAUAUGCUAUUAAUGAAUGUGUUCUACAUAAUCAAAAAAAAUUAAAACAAGAAUUUCAAUAUAAAACAGAAAUGAUAAAAUUAGAUUGCAAUGAUCAUCAAUUACUUAGGAAAUUUUAUGAAUUAAAACCGAAUGAAGAACUUAUUCAAUUAGCACAACAUUUAUGGCAAAUAACUGCUGACGAACAGAAAACAAAAGAACAACAACAAAUACUCGAACAACGUAUUUAUUUAAAACGAUUACCACCAGAAACAGAUCAAAUGAUAGACCAACUACUUAAUGAUAAUCGAAGAGCACUUUCCAAUCCUUUUCUUGAUCCAGAUCAACGUGCUAAUUUUGCGUCACGUUGUUCAAAAACAAUCAUACAAUGUAAAUUUAAUUUAAUGAUUGUAGAAUUAGAUGAAUUUGCAAUUAUUACACAUCGUUAUAAUUUAACAUUAACUAAUUUAAAAGAAAAAUUAUUAAAUCUUAAUAAACAGUAUCCACAUAUUUAUACAAGUUUAUUGUUAAAUGUUAUUGAAGAACGUCGACAAGCAAUGAUAGAACGAUUCAUUCGAAUACGUCAACAUAAAUUGAAGACUUUUUUCGACCAGGCUCC